AUGAAAAGGAGUAAGAUCCUAGAAGAUCGACCAAGUAUCACCAUCGAGAGAGUCCCUCGGGAUAUUCUGCUUGAUAUACCAUCAAGGCUGCCUGUAACAUCUUUAAUGCAUCUUAAGCUGCUCUACUCUGUUGAUUUCUCUGCUUACAAUGAAAACAAUAUUGGUCAGACCGUGAAAAGGAUUCGUGUGCCUGAGAAGAUGACGCCGGAGUUUGAAGUGGUAGGUUCUUGUAAUGGAUUGAUAUGCAUAUGUAAUUCCCUUCUCAGAAAUGCAAUCCAUAUGAAUAAUCCUUUCACCAAGGAUUACUCAAAGUUGCCUGAACCAGAAUGGCAUUUGAAAAAACUACAGGUGUUGAUUGGAUUUGGUUUCCAUCCAACAACAAAGGAGUACAAGGUUGUCACUUGUCAGGAUAGUAUAUUAAAGGAAGUCAACAUCCCCCCACACCUAGAAUACUCUUUACCUGUACAGUCGAGAGUUCAAAUUUUUAGUCUUGUCAGCCCCAGUUGGAGAAGUAUCGGAGAAUUACCAUCUGUCGUACUUAAUCCACGGCCAUCACAUGUUUUGGUUAAUGGAAGACUUCAAUGGUUGAGUCUCAGAGGCAGGAAACAGGUUCUUCGCAAGCUUGCCUCCUUCGACCUUGCAGACAAACAAUUUCGAGAAGUUCCAUAG